AUGGAACGGUUCAUCCAAACAAAGGACAACAGCCAGUCACUCUGGCAAAAAGAGUGGGAGAUGGCUUUGAUGCGGCUUUUUACCAUCGGCGGGAUUCCGUUCGAACUCCUCGAGUGUCCAUCUUUCUGUGAAUCUUUCCGUAAACUCAUCUCAAUAGCCCACUCUGCCCCAAGCCCUCCGCCCAUUCCUUCUGCGGAAAAGCUCCGACACAUGCUGUAUGCUCUUCUUGAAAAGUGGCAGCAGGAAGCACUAAGGAUGCUACCAGAGCAUGCAAACAUUCUUGUUUCUUUGGAUGAGAUUUCGGAAGAUGGUGACGCUAUGAUCAGUCAGCUACACCAACUAUACCAGCUCGGGUGCGGAGACCUGUAG